CGUAAACAAAAAGGGCGACACACAUCAAUCUGCGUAGUUACAAUUGAGCGUAUUUCGGAAGUAAAGAGGAGUAACGCUUGGAAUUAAAUAGCAGACUGACUGAACUGAAUCAAUGAGCUCGACAGACUUCUGCUAACCAACAUUAACCGUAAGACACACCUUGUAUUUCUCACGCUGAAAGCGACCAUUUAACCAACAACGAUGUCCUCUGGCACCCUUUGGAGACCAUUAGGAGUCUUUUUUAUAUUACUAGAGCUUAUUCGGGCUGGAAUUUCAAUCCCUGUUGCUGUGAAUGUCAGGGACACUGCAGUUCUCAGUUGUAACUCGACAUGCAAUCAAGAAAUCUUAUGGAAAUUUUUUGAAGCUAACGGUGAUAAACUGGAGGUUUUAAAAUGUCUCCAGGAUAACUGUACAGAAGGAGAUGACUUUAAGGGAAGAGCAAGCCUCUCAUCUGACAACAUGUCUCUCACCAUACAUCCUGUUCUGUUCAAUGAUCAAGGCUGGUAUGAGGCACGCUGUGGUUCAGGGUUUCUCUGUAGUGUUCACUUGGAAGUUUUUGUACCCAGUGCUGUGAACGCCUCAGUCCAAGACAAUGUGACACUACACUGCUUUGCACGUACAGAGAAGCGGAUUGCUGAUAAAGCUGUGAACAUCAUCUGGAAAAGGGAUGACCAAAUCAUUUUAGAAGUCAAAAAUGGAAUUGUUCACUAUGGUCCAGGUUUCCAAGAGAGGUCCUCCGUUUCAUUGAAUCAUUACAAGUCUGGGGAUCUUUCUCUUAAUAUAUCCAGGGUCACACCAUCAGAUAGCGGUUUAUACCUGUGCUAUCACAAAUCAGACGAACAGGGGCAUCCAGGAGCUGUCAAACUCACUGUUACAGCUCAAAAAUGCAGCUAUGAGAAAAAGGUGGGUGGUGAGCUGACUCUCAAUCUGUUCAGCUUGGAUAACGUGCAAGUAACAUUCACCGAUUUUGAGGGAGUUGAGAUCCCAGUCUGCAGGGUGCACGGGGGCACCUCUAUGUGUGACCCUAAAUACAAUCCCAGAGUGUCUGUCAUGAAUGACUCUCUUGUGCUAAGGGAAUUGUCAUCCUCUGAUAAUGGAAAAUUUACUGUGAAGGACAACAUGGGUGAAAUCAUGAGUGUCUGCACUGUCACUGUGAAAGAUGUGGAACAGAGGCAUCACAUUACCUCUGUUGUCAUCAUAUCGGUGUUCGUGAUUGUUGUGAUUGUCGGCCUCUUUCUUCUGUGUCAAUAUCUUAGAAAGUCAGAUCAACCGCAAAUACAUUUGUAUUUUAACGCUCGCCAGUCGGAGUUGGAGCCGCUGAGAGAACCAGCAAACAUUGGAUUAUCACAGGAAGAGACCAGUCAAGGUAUUUUGGAGCAACAGGAAGAGACCAGCCAAGGUAUUUCGGAGCAACCUGAUGUCUCACACACACCUGUAGAGGAGACCUGUCCUGAGAUUGGGAUUAUUACUGAGAAGCAGGAGGAAGCAUUUGACGGACUUGAGAAUGAAUAGGAUUGUUUUGUUUACUUGGAAUACUUUAAGGAAGCACUUUUCAUAGGACAUCAGGGAAAUUUAAAAGAGGCAUUCCAAGCCCCUGUUUACAAGAUGUAAAAUAAGUCUCUGGUAUCCCCAAAGUGUUUAUGUGAAGUUUUAGCUAAAAAAAAAAAUCCCAUAGUGGUUUAUUGUAGAAUGUCACCCUGUCUCGUGCAGUGCAUUAAUCCUCAUAUUUAUUUUAAAAUUUAGAGAAACAAAUUCUUUCUCUUGCACUAAGAUAAUCCUCAUCUUUAACCUUUACAAAAGACAAUUAAAACUAAAAGUUAUAAGAUUGUACUGUAUGUGUUUAAGGGAAUACAGAUGCGUUGUGAUUUCAGUCAUUCUUUCUCUCUGUCUCUCGCACUAAAUGGCGGCGUCGUGGUUGGUUAGUGCAGGAAGGGGCGGUAUUAUUAUAAAAAGAUCCCCAUUCUACGUUACGCGGGGAAUGAAAUGUGAAUGUCCUAUUUUUUCACAUGCUUGCAGAGAGAGGCUUAGUAAAACAAUGUUACAGGUUUGCUAUUUUUCGUGUUUUCUGGGUUGGUAGAAUCACUGUGGUCUCAAUUAUAGCCAGGGGCACCGUGGGGGGGGGUUAGGACUAUUCUAAGGGCCCAUCAGGUUUUGGGGGGCCCAGCCAAGGACUGUGGUAUCAGUUAAGACACUUACACAAGGCACUGUUGUUGUUUGCCAUUUUUAAAUGUUACAAUUUUAUUUCUGUAACAGCUCAAAGUAAACAGUAUGUUAAUAAGACUGCCUGUGAAAAUCAGACUGAAGUCUCAAAUCUUUUUGUGAGAAAAAGAGCAUGACAGGUUGAUUUCAAGCAUUAAUUUCACCAUGAUUUCAAUCACUGACAUGACAUUACAUUUAUAUUUUCACAAAAUCUUCUUUACAUUAUUUAGGUAGAAAAUGGUAAACCACAAAUACAUACUUCAGCUGGGUUUUCACAGGCAUGCUUAGAAUUAUCUUUAAUCUUAAAGAAUGUUGCAUUUUCUCCGAAUAUUUGAUUACUCUACUGUAUUUUUCAAUUAAACUUACAUUUGCACGAUAAAUUAUCUUAGCUGCAAGACAUUGUAGGUCUCUAUACUGAUAAUAGUGGUCAAAACAAUAGCAAAAGAAAUAGGUCAGCAUUAUUAAAUUGCAGAAAAGAUUUUGAAUAGCUAGGUUAGAUUGUAUGUUUGGUGUGAAAUGGUUAUGGUAGGGGGCCAACCUCCUACUCUUUGGGUCCAAAAUUGCUAGCUGCACCCCUGUUUAUAGCACUUAAACAUGGAAAAAGUCAGUUUUUCAUGGAAUGUCCCCUCUAAAACUUUUUUUUUCUUCAAAGUCUUUAGGAUCCUAUAGGCUUGUGAUUUUCUCUAAUAUGAUCCUGUGGUUUUCUUAGUAGGACUGCAGUUGAAAAUUUGCCUGCUGGCCAACACUAUUUACACUAUUGUUGAUAAAUGUGUGUUGUUCUUAUAAAGUAAAGGUUAUACAAAUACUAUAUUUUUAGCAUUAUAUUUUUUUAUAUUUAGAUUAAAGUACUACAAGUGUGCCAGUGUGAGAAAUCGUAUACUACGGUUAAAUCCAAUGUUACUGUGACAGAACACUUAUUAUGCUAGCUUAUCUAAGGAAGAAAUGUUUUUUUUCCAUGGUACCUUUUUUAUAUGGCUGCUUUACAUGCUCUGUCUUUUGCAAAUGCUUUGCACAUUUUUAUCUUUUUAUUAUAGACUGAUACUUAGAAUGUGAACCGAACACUUAAGUUUUUGUUUUGACAUGUUUUAAUGUUUGUGUCAAAUAUUGUAUUCAAAAAGAACAUACAGCAACAGUGAUCAAAUAUCAUUUAAUUAUGAUCUUUUUAAAGCUUAUAUACUAUGUUAAAUCAACUAUUCCAAAAAUAAAGAAUAAUUUAAACAUUU